AUGGAUUUCGUUGCGUCCCCUACAUCAACAUUGGCGGAGGACGCCGCACCCGCUCGCAGUCUACCUGUGAUUCCUCGAAAGCCCGUGCCUCCUCCGCAAACACAGGUCGAUGACCGACCACCGAAUGAACCUGCUCAAGCGCCUAAGCCUCCAGUGGUCAAGCACCUAUCAAGUCCCGAGUAUUCCAGUCCUCUUCGUCACCACCGCCGCACCCCCUCUGCUCCACGACAGAUCAAGGAGUCUCUCAAUGCCCGAUCGGAAUACGUUACCAGCCAAGAUGACGGUGUGGCAGAGCAUCGCAUCAAUCAAUAUAUAAUCAAGCAAGAAAUUGGAAGAGGAUCGUUUGGCGCCGUUCACCUGGCGGUCGACCAGUAUGGCACCGAAUAUGCUGUCAAAGAGUUCUCUAAAGCUCGCCUACGAAAACGCGCACAAUCUCACAUACUCCGCAAACCUUUCACUCAACGCAAGCAGGGGGCGCUCCAGGGCUUUAACUCGCCUCUGCAUAGAAAUCCUCGCGAAGACGUCCAUCAGAUGAAUGCAAUCGAUCUCAUUAAGGAAGAAAUUGCCAUCAUGAAGAAGCUCAACCACCCGAAUUUGGUAUCCCUCAUCGAGGUGCUUGACGAUCCCACCGAAGACUCGAUGUAUAUGGUAAUGGAAAUGUGCAAAAAGGGCGUCGUCAUGAGGGUUGGCUUGGAAGAGAGGGCAGACCCUUACCCUGACCAUGUUUGUCGAUAUUGGUUCAGAGAUUUGAUCUUGGGCAUUGAAUAUCUGCACGCUCAGGGAGUCGUGCACCGAGAUAUCAAACCCGACAAUUGUUUGGUCACCGACGACAACGUACUAAAGGUAGUCGAUUUUGGGGUUUCGGAAAUGUUUUCUAAGGAUUCUGAGAUGUUGACCGCCAAAUCCGCUGGAAGUCCUGCCUUUUUGCCACCUGAACUGUGCAUUGCUCGUCACGGAGACGUCUCUGGCAGGGCAGCAGACAUAUGGGCCAUGGGUGUCACCUUGUACUGUCUGAAAUACGGGAGAAUUCCAUUUGAGAAGGCCGGCAUAUUCGAGCUUUAUGAUGCUAUCAAAACGGAGACACCCAAUUUGGAUGACGAAAAGGACGAUGAUUUCCGAGAUCUGAUGACUAGACUGCUUGAGAAAGAUCCGGCAAAGAGAAUCAAAAUGCCGGAGUUACGGGAACACCCGUGGGUGACCCAGAGAGGAAACGACAAGUUGUUGCCAGAGGCAGAGAACACCUCUGAUCUCUUGGAACCACCAACUGAGGCUGAAAUGAAUGCAGCAAUCACUAAUAACAUGAGAAAUUUGCUGACAGUCGUGAAAGCGGUAAACAAGUUUAAGGGUUUACUGGAAAAAAGCAAACCUGCCCCUCUAAUGUCUAUUCUUGGGGAUAGUGCGGACGCGCACUUUUCUUACCCGCCGACGGCCAUGUCAGGGGGAAACGUCGCUCUGCCAGCCAAAUCUCACAGCUUCGCCAGCUUUGGUAAGGAGGACGAGGCACGAAAAGAACAGAUGGAGAGCUUGGAUGAAGAAUUGAACGACUUGAGAUCGAGGCCAAUUCCUACCCUCAGCGUUGAUGACAUGAGCACGGCCACUGAGACAGCUGGGACUUCGCACGCGCCUAGCCCUCCGCCGGCAUUGCUCAGCGACACCAGUACUGACUCCGAUGACGCGAUGACCCGGAUGGAUGCGGCCGAAGGCACGGAUUUGCUCGGGCCCAACAGCCUGCCACCGUUCCGCUCGAUAAGACCUCCGCACGCCUUCACCACGGACGAAAUUGGGACUCGCGGACAUGCCAGGGACCCUUUGCAAGAGCAGCUAUUUCUCUACAUUGGGCCGUCCACCUUUGCAGGAACCAGUGCGUAUAAUGACGAGGCGGGCUCUUUCGUGCCAGAUGGAGAUACGGUGCCAGUGGUGAGUGAAAGCCCAGGUGCGGCAGACGUGGACAUUUAUGAAACGGCGUAUCGCGAUGAGAUUGAAAGAAUCAUGGCACGAGCAAAGGAGCAAAACAAGGAACCCAACGUCUACCUAACGCGUCGGGUUGACGCGCGGUUGAUGGCGAUCAGCGGCUUUGCCGGGAAAUGGGCAGCAAGGAGCGAAGAAGCCAAGAAUCAAUUCAAGGACUACACGCAAUUUUCGGCACGGAAGGCGCGAGUGACCGAGGUCAGUCGCGCCUUACGACAAGCUGCACGGGAAGAAUAUGAGAAACGCAAGCAAGAACGUCGCGAACUGAUCGCAUCGGAGAAGUUACGACGGGCAGAGCACAAGAGCGGCAGUCGUGAGACGCAGCGAGUGGCAUUGUCGUCUCAAUCGACAUUAUCAGAUGUAGAUUCGGGGGCUGGCCUGCCGCCAUCGCCUGGAGGACGGUCUGCAGCGUGGAAAGGUAAGGCGGUAGAUAAAGGUCGGCAAGCCAAGACGUCAUUCAGAGGACUUGUGGACAAUUUCACCAGAAAUCGAAGCAGAUCAGGGGAUGACGAAACCUGA